ACCAUGUCCAUCACAUUCGUAUUGCCCCACUUAUAAAAGUUUAGGAAAGUUAUGGCAAUAUGUCAUGAUAUAUCCCACCCAGAUUCAAAACUGGACAGGAAGGAAAAUCUCCCCCUAAAAUAAUUGAACAAAUAAUUGGAGAAAAGUAAAAUUUUUAAAGAGCACCCUCUACUCUAAAACCUACAAUGGGAUAUUGUCAAAACCCCAAAUAAGUAAUUUAUGUUCUGGUCUAACAGGCUAUAGUCGACUGGUCAGUGUAAUUAGCAGCAUGUACAGUAGUCAGGCUAUUUGUGUACAUCAUCCGUAGUCCAUCUAURUCCUCAUCAUGGAUGUGGAAUCCCAAAUUAUCAUGGUUUUGUUUUUAAUUUACAGAUGCUGUUAAAUCCUGUCGCCACCGCAUAGGACGUGCUCUGACCGGAUGACAUGAUGCCUUUAGUGCCCCAAGGAUUGUGCACAAGGCAGUCGAUGAUCUGUGAAUCUCACUGUACAUUGCAGCGGCGUCCCGACGAUGGUCAAAGUUGGGUAGACGUCUGAGUCUGGGAGCGGAUGCAAAGACUUCAAAAUGAAUCAGAUGGAGUUUCUCUAUCAAAUAAUCGCAUUCAAUACGGCGGCAUAAGGGAUAAAGUUAAAAAGAAAAACAAAGAAGAAACUACGUUGAUCGCAAUCUGAUCAAGGACUUGGACAGGACGUCUCCAAACUCGUUACGCAGAACUUUUCCAAAUUUGAGACCGUAUCUGAUAGCUCAAUGCAUAGUUUAUGUGACACACGGAGUGCACACGACAAGGCUGUAUUCUUCUUACAYGUGUGAUUUUGUAGGCUACCCUAGGCAAGUUCACUUCCUGGGUAGAAAUGAAUGAAGUAUACCAUUAUUCACUUUGUUGAAACUCCGAUUCUGGGAAUUUACAUGUAAUAAAUUAACAGUUGGAUGCCAAAAUGAGUGUUUACUCUCAUAUCUGGAGGAUUUUACAGAUAUUCCUAGCGACGAUUGUCACAAUUGUCACGCAAGAGUUGGACAGCCGGGAGAUGUCAGACAACACUAAGAGCUCUCUGCCAUUCCCUGUGUUCCUUCCAGUGAACUACCAGGUGAAAGACGCAGAUUACUUAUUUUUGAAGGAGGCCGGUCAGGACAUCAUGAGGAACUCCAGCAUGCAGACACAGACACAGCCAUUUGUCAUCCUGAGAGCCAGCCGGCCUCCUGCUGUCAAUGCCAGCUAUGGGCCCCUGUCCACAGAGCAGCCUGUCCCUCUAGACCUGGUCCAGUCUGUGCAGCUGUUCCGGGCCCCGGGGGUAUUCACCUACAACUGGAAGGUCCAGUCCUUUGUGCUGACCCCUCGGGUCUACUCCUCCAUGCCCAAGGUGCGGGUGUUGUUCUAUGUGGCUGGGAGGGACUGGGACAGGGGAGCAGAUGGGCUAAAGGAUGAGUUGCCCUGUGUUACGGUGUUUGCCUUCUGGCAGACUCAGGAGGUGAGGGGCUCCUGUGCCCUUGGAGGUCUGAGGGGCACAUGCAUGGCUGAGCUGGAGCCUGUAGCCAGCUGGUUCAGUCCCGCAGCAGAGAGCUCUAGCCCGGGGAGGUUGGACCCAACAGAGGUGAACACAGUAGAGCUGUACUACCAUGCCCGGCCCAGUGCAUAUGGGAAGUGCAMGGAGGGCGAUUGGGAUCGCUGGGGCAGCUCAGAGCAGCAGCAGGCUGAGUACAUCCCUGUGACUCCCAUGCAGAGGAUUAGCAGUGUGCGCCUCCUUCAGGUGCCCAAGGGAGCUCCAUCUCUGUCUCAACUCAAGCUGGGAAAGGCUGUUGUCAUCCAGACUUCCUCCAAACCCCUGAAGAAGACAGAUAUCGCCACUUUCUACAUCCUCACGGCCAGCUCCUCCUCCCUGGAGAACUUCACUAUGCGAGCGAUUGUAAAAAAAGGAGUGUCGUUUCGCACAGCAACACCCAGUAACUCGUUGUUGUGGGACAUCACGCUGGACUCUGGAGCAYAUGGCACCAUCGCUGUUGUUUGUCAGAGGAAAUCUGCCAUACCUGGAAAAAGGCAAGUCUGCUGA